UUGGAUUUGCAUAGUUUUUAUGGCAACGCUGUUCAAAGUUGAUUACGCAUUUAACCGCCAUUUCAAAGUCAGGUGUGUGUUUUAAGAACAAUUCAGCCAAUCAGAGAGCUGGAUGUGUUAACCCGGUGCUAUAGUUUAUUUAAACAGGAAGUCAUUUACAUAAAGAGCGUGAAAUUCAAACGUGGUGGUGGAGGUACGGGAUGCGACGUGUUAGUCCCAGGCAUGGCGGCGUUGUUUGACGAGAUCAGCCAGCAGCUGGACUUCUCUAGCUGUGGAGAGGAGGGGAGCAGCAGUGACAACAGCUCUGAUGACUGCACCUCCAGCAUCCGAAGUCCCAGGAUCCACAGUCCCAGCUCUGCGUGCAGGACGCCCAGGGUGCAACGCCACCGCAGCAGAAACAGCACCUUAUCCCCUUUACAGUGCACCAGCCCCAUACCUUACGCUUCCUGGAGGAAACUGAGGCUCUGUGACUCUCCCAGCACACCCAAGAGCCUAUUAUCAAAGUCGUCCCAACCUUCCUCCAGCAGUAAGAUAGGCGGCCUUCAGAGGACCCUGCGUUUCGCCUCAGCCGCUCCUAACCUCAUCCAGGCACCUUUUGUCAAUGUGAAUCCUUUCACCCCUGACACAGUCCGCAGGAACAGCGAGCAGCAGUGGAGGAACCAUUGUAGAAGUGAGGAUAAUUAUGGGCGCAGGUUGAAACACAGCCUAACGUCAUCUGAGGAGGAUGAUGAAGCUUUUCUCCCACCAAAGAGGCGAGCUGUCCAAGCCUUCAUGCUGUCACGCUAUGAGAGUGAGUUCCUGGAGCUGGAGUGCAUCGGCGUAGGCGAGUUUGGUGCCGUUUACAAGUGUGUGAAGAGGCUGGAUGGUUGCUUGUACGCCAUAAAACGCUCUCGCCGACCCCUGGCAGGCUCUGCCAACGAGCAGCUGGCCCUAAAAGAAGUGUAUGCGCAUGCUGUUCUUGGGCACCACCCACAUGUCGUACGCUAUUAUUCAGCAUGGGCAGAGGAUGAUCACAUGAUUAUUCAGAAUGAAUACUGUGAUGGUGGGAGUCUCAGUGAUGUGAUUGUGAAGAAGACAGUGCAGGGUGAGCUGUUUUCAGAGGCAGAGUUGAAAGAUUUGCUCUUACAAGUGUCUAUGGGGCUAAAGUACAUCCACAGCUCAGGCCUCGUCCACCUGGACAUCAAACCAAGCAAUAUAUUCAUUUGCCAGCGUCCCAGCACAAGUGCAGCAGGAGAAGGGGAGAGCGAGGAGGAAGAUGACCGGAGCACAUCAGCAGGAGUCAUAUACAAAAUUGGGGAUCUGGGUCAUGUGACCUCAACCAACAGUCCUCAAGUUGAGGAAGGGGACAGCCGCUUUCUGGCCAGUGAGGUCCUGCAAGAGGAUUACAGGCACCUGCCCAAGGCAGACAUCUUUGCUCUGGGCCUCACCAUUCUGCUGGCAGCCGGUGCUCCUCCACUGCCUCAAAAUGGAGAUGAGUGGCACAGCCUUAGAGAGGGGCAGCUCCCCAAACUGCCAAAGGAGCUGUCGCCUCCCUUCAGAGGCCUACUUCAGUUGAUGCUGGAUCCAGACCUGAUGAAGCGGCCAUCUGCCAGGGAGCUUUGCAAGCACACGGUCUUGAGGGAGGAGAGGACUGGGAGGGUGGCCGCUCAGCUACAAAGAGAGCUCAAUGUAGAGAAGUUCAGGACAGCCAUGCUUGAAAAAGAGCUCCAGGAGGCUCGACAGGCAGCUUUGUCACCCAAGCAAAACCUCCCAUUUUGGCUGAAACUCCCUAUUAAGAUGGGGUCCUUACCCAAAACAGGAAGGCUUGUUGGUAGGAAGACCGAGCGAUCCAUGAGCUUUGGAUGUCUAGGGUAUGGAGUCUGAUGGCACAUUGUUAUGCCCACAACCUGUUCUUUGUUUUGAUUUAUAUGUGAAUCCUUCUGCAACCAGUCUGACGUAAACAUGUAGCAUGUCUUGAAGAAGACAGAGUGACAGUAUUCUGGAUGGAUGGACAGUCUGAGUCUUUAGUGGGUUGCAGAGCUGUGGACAGCAGGACUUAUCUGACUGACUCACUUGAAGUGAUUUUCUGGCAGAGGCGAGCUGUAACUACUGCAGAAGUGUGUACUGUUUUUAAACUGUAAAUAAACAUUUGAAGCAUU